AUGUUCAAUCCAAAGAAUAAGUUAAAAAACUAUUUCAACAAACAGAAGCUAAAAUUCGGAAGCCACGGUUCUGGCAGAAAAUUGAACUCUGAAGCUCCGCCUCCUCCAAAACCAUCGUCGAAAUCAGGUUCCGGUUCAUCGUCUAAAGAUGUUUACAUUCCGCCAGAGCGCAAGGAACUGUCGGCUGAGGCAAAGGCAGCUGCGACCGCAGCGUUAGCCCGCGUUCAAAGUCGAGAUAAGAAGGAGUUCAACACUUCGUUGGCUGCUAUUCAGGCACAAGUAAGACGCGAGCUUGAAGCUGAACGGAAAGCGAAGGAAUUGGCCGGCCAGGGAACCAGUGCAGCAGGUAGUGGUGAUAAUACGGCAGAUUUGCCCGAUGAUGAACGAAAGGACCUGGCCGUGCAGGGAGUGUACUUCCGGUGUCCUUUGAUUAGCGAUGAAGUGUUACCCCGAAAAGAGUGGAAAGCUAAGAUUAAAGAAUUUUUGUACGAGCAGUUGGAAAAUGAAAAAGGCCUAUCCGCUUGUCUCAUCAUCUAUAACUGCAAUAUAAAGGAAAAAGUGGAUGCAUGUGUAGAAACACUUAUCAAGUGUUUGGAGAAUAUCCUGAAUCACCCGAACGAAGAGAAGUACAAGAAAAUUCGCAUGAGUAAUCGGAUGUUUUGCGAUAAAAUAAAAGUAUGUGAAGGAGCGUUGGAUUUCCUGCACGCUGCAGGUUUUGCUGAAAUACCCAUCGACGACGAGCCUCAUUUGAUUUGGUCCGAGGAAUAUCUGGAACCAGAAAACACCUUGGAAAGUUUGCUAGAUGCCUUGAAGUGUUCGGAGCCUUUCCACCUAGAAUUGGACAGAAAUAUUCAAGUGUUGUUACCAUCGCAGGUGCAAAAAACCAACCUUCCACCUGAUUUUUUCCGAAUCUCUCUGGAAGAACUCAAGCGAGAACAGCAACUAAAGUCGGAAGCACUGGAGCAGUCACAGAUCCUCAAAACCAAAGCUAUGCGCGAAAAGGAAGAGCUUCGCAUUGUGAGUCGCUACAAGUUUUCCCUAAUCCGUGUUCGGUUUCCGAACGGCGUUUACCUGCAGGGAACCUUCAAUGUGUAUGAAAAACUGUCUCAGGUGUACGAGUUCGUACAGUCCUGCCUAAUGCACGAAGCCGCCGAAUUCGUAAUUGUUACUCCCACCGGACAGCGAUACGUGAACGCGGAUUUGGACAAGUCACUGUUCGAUUUGCGACUGGUUCCCACAAUCGUUUUUAACUUCAGUUAUGAGAACGAAUCGCGUCAGCUUACGGACUAUCUGAAGGAGGAGUUGAUGCUGCUAAUCCAAUCCUUUUAAUGAAUGCAAGCGAAGUUAUUUCGUUUAUCUUUGUUAAAGUUUACCUUCGUAUGUAUUCGUUAUGUUGUCAGUGGAUAUCAUGCUUUGGUUUAUUCAUAUAAUGUACUACUUAUUAGCUGCGACGAUGUAAUAAAUUGUGAUCUAUGAAAUAAAAUGUCUCUUACUGUGAAAAAUGGAUGCUAGUA